GUAGUUGGGCUUUCGUUUCUUUCUGUUUUUGUUCUUAAAGAAAGUGCGAGUCACUGCACAAAGACCGGCGAAGAAAGUUGCUGGAAAGAGAUCACGUUUACACUUACGUAGACAUUUAUCAUCUAUUUUGAUGUGUUGUUAAUAUUGUACAAUAUGGGUCCCGGCUAGAAUCUUCUAGAAACACCGGAGAACGGAGUUUCCUGUCUUUCGGACAGGGGCGAACAGCGGCCCGCUGCCGAAUCCAGGAGCCUCGGGCUGAAGUGAUUCGGUUGCCGGCCAGCGAUCAAAGGAGUGGGUAAACACCACACUGUCUUAAAAACUCUGCCCCUUCUGUUCUGGGAGAGUUCUGUCCUGAAAAGUCGCCAAGAUAGCCGGGCCGGGCAGGAAGCGCCACACCCCAGAGCCAGACCCCAGCAGUGACGGCGGUGCCGGACGGCCCGUGAGCAGCAAGUGGCUGAAGAUGGCCAGCAGCAGCGCCGAGGCGGGCGGCCGACGCAGAGGCCAGCGCGGGACUGAUGAAGGCGCCAACAGCAGCACCAGCAAGAAGAAGCAGAAGGACAGGGCCAACCAGGAGAGCCGCGAGGCUAAGCGCACCGCUAGCACCGAGCUCAAGAAAGAUGCCUUCCUGGACUGGAAACAGAACGCUAACGAGGUGAUUGUGAAGCUGCGCUCUGGUGACGGCGUCCUGAAGGUGGAGGACGUGAACGUGGCUUUUUCUGACACCGCCUGUCAGGUCCGAUUCCCAGAUGGGAGCCAGUGGGGCUGUCACCUGCGCGCCGAGAUCGAGAGUUCCUGCAGCAAGGUUCAGUACAAGGAGAAGGGCAGCUUCCUGCAGCUGGUCAUGCAGAAGAAGAUCCCCUUCAACACCUGGCCAUCUUUGAUGGCAACCAAAAAAGAGAAGGAACCUGUAAGUAUCCAGACUGACAACAGCAAAGAGCAGCCAGUGAAGCUAGAGAAAGUGGAGGAGAAGGUGGAGGCGCCCAGGGCCUCCGCACACCCGUCGCCCCUGACCGAGCAGAAGCGCAGCAAACCCGAGCGUGGCGUCAAGCGCUCCAUAAAGAACAAGCUGCCCGACAAGGGCGAGUCCCCCGGGACCAAGGGCGCAGAGACGCCCAAACACGUGGGCAAAGGGGACCUGCCGGCCGAGCCCAGCGCCAAGCGCACCAGCCGCCCAGUCAGGGGCCCCAGAGACGCUGAGCAGGGGGUCCUGAGGGACGCCCAGGCCAAGGGUCCAGCUAAUGGUAAAGCAGAGGCCGAGGCUGCCGUCACCCAAAAUGGCCGACCGAAACAGGCCGGCCGAGAGAAGACGCCUCCGGCCACACAGGUGGAGCCCUCCACAGAGUGCAGUCAUGGAGUCAAAUCCCAGGUGACAGCGCAGGAGGAGGAGAGCUCCCCGGCCUGUGCGUCCCAGCCUGGGGCGGGUGAGGAGGACAGCCCCGCCGCGGAAGCUGCCCCGGCCGCUGUGCCCGAGCCUGGGGCAGCUGAGGGGAGCCCCGCCCCGGCUGGAGAAGAGCCCGCUCACGUGACGGGCGCGGCAGCUGGGGCAGCCGAAACGGCACAGGGGCGACCGGAGGGGGAGACGGGAGCCGAGGCAGGAAGAAAGGAGCCUGUGGAGCCCGAGGCGACCACACCGCCCAGCCUGCAGAGAGCGGGAGAGGCCAGCCCAGCUACCGUCUGCAAGCAGGACCCUGCCAGCAAGGCUGGCACGCAGGACGAGAAGACGGACAAGCCCAAAGAGGAGCCCCUGGAGAAGGAGCAGGAAGCUCCGGAGCCCAUGGUGAAUCUGAAGUUUGUGAAGAACGACUCGUAUGAGAAAGGCAAUGACCUGAUGGUGGUGAACGUGUACAUGAAAGGGAUAUGCAGGGAGACUGCGGAGGUGCUAUUCCGGGAGCAAGACUUCACGCUCAUCUUCCAGACCAGUGAUGCAAAUUUUUUGCGGCUUCAUCCGGACUGUGGACCAAACACUGUCUUUAAGUGGCAGGUCAAACUCAGGAAUCUCAUCCACCCUGACCAGUCUACCUACGCCUUCACCCCGUCCCGAAUCGAUAUCACACUAAAGAAGAGGCACAGCCAGCGCUGGGGGGGCCUGGAGGCCCCCGCAACACAAGGUGCAGUGGGUGGCGCCAAGGUUGCUGUGCCCUCAGGGCCUGCCUCUCUUGAUAAGACUCAGCCAGGGAGCAGCCAGCACGCGCUCCCCGCCAAGGAGGAGCCCCGGGCGGGGGAGCAGAAGGAGAAGGCCCCACGCGCCGAGGACAACAGCGGCCUGGACGCGGUGGCGGCCCGCACCGUCGCCGAACACGUGCCCAUCAAGCAGGAGCCGCUCCUCGCCGCUGCGCCUAAGCCCACGUGUAUGGUGCCGCCUAUGACCCACGCGCCUCCUGCUGGCAGCGAGCGCGCUGAGGAAGAGGAGGAGAAGAAGGUUUGCUUGCCAGGCUUCACGGGCCUGGUCAACCUGGGCAACACCUGCUUCAUGAACAGUGUCAUCCAGUCGCUGUCCAACACGCGUGAGCUGCGUGACUACUUUCAUGAUCGGGCGUUUGAGACGGAGAUUAACUGUAGCAACCCGCUGGGCACGGGUGGGCGGCUGGCUAUCGGCUUUGCGGUGCUGCUCCGGGCCCUGUGGAAGGGAACGCACCACGCCUUCCAGCCCUCCAAGCUCAAGGCUAUAGUGGCGAGCAAGGCCAGCCAGUUCACAGGGUACGCCCAGCACGACGCCCAGGAGUUCAUGGCCUUCCUGCUGGACGGGCUCCACGAGGACCUCAACCGCAUCCAGAACAAGCCCUACACGGAGACCGUGGACUCGGACGGCCGGCAGGACGAGGUCGUGGCUGAGGAGGCCUGGCAGAGGCACAAGAUGCGGAACGACUCCUUCAUCGUGGACCUGUUCCAGGGCCAGUACAAAUCAAAGCUGGUCUGCCCCAUCUGCUCUAAGGUGUCCAUAACCUUCGACCCCUUCCUGUACCUGCCGGUGCCCUUACCUCAGAAGCAGAAGGUGCUGACUGUCUUUUACUUUGCAAAGGAGCCUCAUAAGAAACCCAUUAAGUUUCUGGUGAGUGUGAGCAAGGAGAACUCGAGCACAGCGGAAGUCUUGGAGUCCAUUUCCAGGAGCGUGCGGAUCAAAGUGGAGAACCUGCGGCUCGCUGAGGUCGUCAAAAGCCGGUUCCACCGGAUCUUCCUGCCGUCCCAUUCACUGGAUACGGUGUCCCCCUCGGACAUGCUGUUCUGUUUCGAGGUGCUCUCCAAGGAGCUGGCCAAAGAGAGGGUGCUGGUCCUGCAGGUGCAGCAGCGGCCGCAGGUCCCCAGCAUCCCCAUCGCCAAGUGCGCCGCCUGCCAGAAGCCCCCGCAGGCCGAGGAGGAGAAGCUGAAGCGCUGCAUGGGCUGCUACCGCGUGGGCUACUGCAACCAAAUAUGCCAGAAGAAUCACUGGCCCGUCCACAAAACUCUGUGCCGACCGAACUUGGAGAACGUUGGCCUUCCUUUUCUGGUCAGCAUUCCAGAGUCACGCCUCACCUACGCCCGGCUCACACAGCUGCUGCAGGGUUACUCCAGGUACUCGGUCAACGUUUUCCAGCCCCCUUUCCAGUCUGGGAGAGCGUCCCCAGAGGCCAGCCAGUGCCGGGCCGACCCGCCGCCCGUGCUGCCGGAGGCCUGCGACGGCGCUGCUCUGGAGGGAGAGACCCCGGGCGGCGGCACCGGGGACGGGAAGGAGGACGACGGCAGCCAGCUGGCUGAAGAGCAGGCCUCUGGCCAAUCCAGCGGGGAUCAGGACCUCCUCUCCACUCACACCGCCGACUCCGGCUUCUCAGAGCCCGCUCCAGACUCCCAUGAUCCUCUGGGGGAAAAGGAGACGUCCUACGAGAAGGCUGUGAAGCCGGAAGCGGCAGUAACUGGCUACCAGCAACCUUCCGAGUCUGCGGCUGGCCCCACCUCCCAGUUCUACAUCUCUUUCCUCGACUCGGCCAACAAAGAACAGAAACUGGAGGACAAAGGUGAGGCUGUGCUGGACGUGCCUGAGGACGGCAUCCUGGAGCUGGUGUGGAAGAACAAUGAGAGGCUAAAGGAGUAUGUGCUGGUCCGGUCCAAGGAGCUGGAGUUUGUGGAGGACCCGGGCUCAGCCAGCGAGACGGCCAGGGCCGGGCACUUCACCCUGGAGCAGUGCCUCAACCUCUUCACCAAGCCUGAGGUGCUGGCGCCAGAGGAGGCCUGGUACUGUCCUAAGUGCCAGCAGCACAGGGAGGCCUCCAAGCAGCUGAUGCUGUGGCGUCUUCCCAACGUCCUGAUCAUACAGCUCAAGCGCUUCUCCUUCCGCAGCUUCAUCUGGAGGGACAAGAUCAACGACAUGGUGGACUUCCCCGUCAGGAACCUGGACCUGAGCAAGUUCUGCAUCGGUCAGAAGGACGAUGUUCAGCAGCCCCCCAUCUACGACCUGUACGCCGUCAUCAACCACUACGGGGGCAUGAUUGGGGGGCACUACACUGCUUACGCCCGCCUGCCCAGCGACAAGAACAGCCAGCGCAGCGACGUGGGCUGGCGCCUGUUUGAUGACAGCACAGUGACCACGGUGGAGGAGAGCCAGGUGGUCACUCGCUACGCCUACGUGCUCUUCUACCGCCGGCGCAACUCUCCCGUGGAGCGGCCCGCCCGCCUCCUGGGGCCCCUGGGGGCCGAGUCCCCCGCCGCCGCAGGAGCCACCGCCAGCCAGGCCUCUCUAAUAUGGCAGGAACUGGAGGAAGAGGAGGAUGAGAGGGGGGAAGAGUCGCGCAGCCGGCUCCGGAGGAGACGAGGGGAGGGACGCUGGCCACAGCAGCGGCAGGAGCUCCUCUCCGAUUGCUCUGACGACGACUGCGUCAGAUAUUUCGUCCUGGGCACCCUGGGCGCUCUGCUGGCUCUGGCUUUCAAUCUGCUCUAUCCUCUGCUGUCUCCAGGCAGCUGGGCCUAGAGGGGCCCGCUCCCUCCAGCCUCACCCCAUUAGGCAGGCAGGCUGGCUAACCGAUCUCUCCCAGUAACUCCAUGAGUCCCACGUGCUGUUCCGGACUUUCCAUGUAUUUUCAAGGGCGCCUGGGAUUGCCACUGCAAAACAUGCAGCUUAGAAAAGGCUUGGGUCUUCCAGUAAAUAAUGCCAAACAUUGCUCACAGGCAGAAGUGGUGUAUGUAUCCCACAUAUAACCACUUUAUGUGUGAUGCAUCGCAUGACAAAAGAGUGGCUGCCGUCAUUAAUCUUUUACCGGUUUCCCUGCAGGGUGGAUGAUGAACCAGGGAUUUGAAAUCUGAACAGAAUAUUUUAAAUGUUCCAAAAAUGUAAUUUGACAGGGAGGAGAAGUAGAGAGGAGGAGAGGAGUUUUAUUGACAAAAUCUCACCAAUACGAUCGAUACGGGAAGAGAGCUCAUCGUUUUGUGAGGACAUGCUUCCAAUUGGACAGCAUAAUUGUGGCUGCAGAAUUAAUCACAAGACUUCUGCCUGUUGUACUGAAGAGAUUGCCGCUGCCAUUGAUUUUAUGCCACCACUCUCUACAGACAAAUGUACUCCCUACAUUGCACAGAAACUUGCCUUUCUGAUAUUGCAGAACUCAAGUUGCCUAUUCAUGUAAGCAUUUAGAAAGUGAGUAAAUACAUUUAUAGCUAAAAACAUUGAAGCCUUUGAAAGGAAAGUGUUAAAGGAUAAUGUGUGUGGAGGCUGUAAAGAUCAGACAAUGACAACCCUUCACUAUCAAGCCCUCACUGAAGCUUGCGGUAGGCUUUCCGGUUGAUAUAGAUUGACUGGAUUGGUCCAGAUAUUUAAUUUGCACUAUCCCAUCCAACUCGGACUUAUUAUUGGAUGAAUGUUGCACAUAGGGGUGCUGGCCCCUCAUUGUUUUCGAAUCAAAGGAUAUUUUAUUAUAGCCAUUACAGUGAAAUGAAUUAGUAUUAGAUAAAGAUUCACUGGAAUGGAAAAAAUAAUUCCCAGUUUGGCCCUGACCCUGCCUUGCAUUCAUUUAAAAAUGACUCCUAAUGGGUGUGAAGUAAUCCAAUUCUGUUUGCUGCUCCCCCUUCACCCUUCCCACCUAACUCUGUGUACCAUAGCAAUGUAAGUAUUAGUUUUUCAUUGCUGUGGGAAGAGCCAAGGUUUGUUAGAGAUCAUUUUGUCCAUGUUCAGAACAAUUCAGUCAGGGUCUGAUGUCUAUAAUGUACUUUUUUUCUGCCCAUCAUGAUAAUGGCCUUGUGAGAUGCAUCUACCCAUUCUGUGUCUUACUGUAAUAAUAGUAAUUACUGUAAUAACUGUGCUCAUCAGAUGUCCUUGAUCGUUGUUGCUGUCAGUUGCCUACAGCCAUAGAUUUGAUACAAUCGUGUUUUAGGGCUGUCAGUGUCCUAGCAAUAAAUGAGCAUAGCGCAUAAAUAACGAAGCUUUGAUAAAUUUGUAAAAAAUAAACAUGAAGGCAGCUAAAUGUAUAUUUAUUUUUAAAAUGAAUGAAUACUGUUUCCUGGGCAUUGCUUUAGCUGUAUCCCUGAUUAAUGUUUUAGGUGGAAAUUGCAGAAGAUUAAAUGGUUUAGCCCUGUCAGGUGUAUUAAUGCAGCAGAUUAAGUGGCCAGUCAGGAGGCAUUAGCAGGAGAGCACAGCCCUGUGUAAAUUUAGGGUGGAGUAUUUAUUUCAUUGUAUCUUUAGUCAAUGUUUAUUGUGGUUUAUACCAGCCAAGCAAUGUUUUUCAUUUGAAACUGAAGGAGUGUCUUGGUGUAUUUAUGUAAUUACUAUAUUGUCUAACUCACGUCUUAAUUAACUUCGACCUUUCCAGGCCUGCUAUUACUCCCUUUGAAUCUCUAUACUGACCACAGUAUUGACAAAUGAAUCCUGUUUUUUUUUUGUUUUUUUAAUUUAAAUUUUUUAUUUCUGGCACAUAUUACUUUAACUGUAUUAUGGAUAUUGUUUGCUAAAUUGAGCUGUGUAAUGAUUUCUGUGACCUGUCCAGACAGAGUGCUUCUUGUGAUGCAGUUGCUCUCAUUGUUAAGACCUCAGGACCACUUUGCCCUAGUACCCUGGGUUUUCAUUCAUAUUGCGCAUGGUGCAGAUUCAGCCAAAGGGAAAUGUGAAAACGGACUCAAAUCACAGGGGGUUUGGUAUACAACGACAAGCCUUUCCCAUAAGCACUAUUCGACCACGUCAGUGCCUGUGGUACACAUAAACCAAAGGCAUUAGAGCUCUGUUGUUCACCCUUUGAAAACAAAUGCCCAUUGCUGGUCUAUAGGGUCCUAUCCAUCACACUAUCUUUCUUUAAAAAAUUAAUAAAAUAAAAGCUAAAGACAUGCGAACAUGCAUGGAAGUGAUUUGACUGUAUACCUCUUCCUUGCUCUACCAUGCUGAAAGAUGAAGGGAAUUGCAAAAGGGAAAUCUAAUUGAGCUGUCUGUAUACACAAUGUGUAUAUGGCUCCUUAUCCAUCCGUGUUGGAAUGAGUGCCGUUUUGAAAGGAUCAUAUUCAGAGCAAUGCAGCUUGAAUAUUGUAAUAAGUCUCAGGGAUGCUGUUUUUUUGUUGCAUUGUAACUCCCCUCUCCAUCAGUUUUUAAAAAGAGCCUUAUUUUUUUUUUGUUUAACCGACCAAGAAUGAUACAGUAAUAAUUUUUGACUGCUCUAGUAGCAGUGUCAUCAAGUAAAUGCAAUUGAUGGCAAGAUUAAUCUGAUGUAAUUCUUAUGCUAAUAUGUAUGCUGCUUGACAUGCUCUCGCUCUGCUGUGUCCACUACUCCUUUUUAUGCAACCUGAAGAUAAUUAUGCUAUGAAAUGUAAUCUAUUAUACUUCUGAAAGAAUCAUGAAUGUGCCUGCACUAAUGUUACAAUAGAAUAUAGUUACAAUCCUUUAAAAUGGGGAAAUAUAUACAUUUGUCCUCAUGUAAUUUAACACCAGAUUUUAUUACAGAUGUAGUGAUAUUCAGGCUUGUGUGUAUAUAUAUUCAAAAAUAAAAUGGCAUUUUAAACCUGGAUUUGCAUUUAAAAUGGAAAUGUAAUUUAACAGACUGAGAGAAUGGGGAAUGUUGAUCAGUCCAGCAAUAAUUUGUACAGGUACUUCCAAGUCUGAAUGCUGUUGCAAUAUACAGUUCCUUGUACUGUGUUUCUAAUAAUAAAAUGACAAUCGUA